GCCAAGGAGACAAGGAGUUGGUGCAGAGCCCUGCCUUGGUAGUGUCAAGGGAGCUGCCGGCGGUUCGGAGGUUGGGAUGAGGCAGCUAAGGAAAGGAGGAUCCGGAGGGGGAGGCCCGGGACCUUCCCUGGGCGGCCAGGAGUUCAGCAGAUCCAUGUAAGGAUGGCAGCUUUUUUCCAUUUGCUACUAUAUUAUUUCUGGAUAGAGUGGUUAUAAUACUGACAGAAGACUGCUGACUUAAGCAACUACUAUGACAGGUUACUUACUCGUAUAACAGCACCAUUCUGAAAAAGAAACACUCAAGAUUUUUGAGCAUUUGGCUAACUUUUACAAAAUGAAUCGUUAUACAACGCUGAAGCAACUUGGGGAUGGAACUUACGGCAGUGUUCUAAUGGGGAAGAGCAAUGAAUCAGGGGAGCUUGUGGCCAUCAAAAGAAUGAAAAGGAAGUUCUAUUCCUGGGAUGAAUGUAUGAACUUGAGGGAAGUUAAGUCUCUGAAAAAACUUAAUCAUGCCAAUGUAAUAAAGCUGAAAGAAGUCAUUCGAGAAAAUGACCAUCUUUAUUUUGUGUUUGAAUAUAUGAAGGAAAAUCUCUACCAACUUAUGAAAGACAGAAAUAAACUGUUUCCUGAGUCUGUCAUCAGGAACAUUAUGUAUCAGAUACUACAAGGGUUAGCUUUUAUCCAUAAACAUGGAUUUUUUCAUCGGGAUAUGAAACCUGAAAACCUUCUUUGUAUGGGUCCAGAACUUGUUAAAAUUGCUGAUUUUGGGUUGGCUAGAGAACUAAGAUCUCAGCCUCCAUAUACUGAUUAUGUUUCUACCAGAUGGUAUCGUGCACCUGAAGUUUUACUGAGAUCCUCUAUUUAUAGUUCUCCUAUUGACAUUUGGGCCGUUGGUAGCAUAAUGGCUGAACUAUAUACACUAAGACCGCUUUUUCCAGGAACAAGUGAAGUUGAUGAAAUUUUCAAAAUUUGCCAGGUGUUAGGAACUCCAAAGAAGAAUGAUUGGCCAGAAGGAUACCAACUUGCUGCUGCAAUGAAUUUUCGUUUCCCUCAGUGUAUUUCACUAAAUCUAAAGACUCUCAUUCCAAAUGCCAGCAAUGAGGCAUUAUAUCUCAUGAGUGAAAUGUUGAAUUGGGAUCCAAAGAAACGACCAACAGCAACUCAGGCAUUGAAGUUUCCUUACUUCCAAGUGGGCCAGGUUUUAGGACCACCUCCACAGUGCAUGAAUCAGAAACAGUCACAUCCCAAGUUAACAGAACGAAAGCCAUCUCUGCCCAAACUGGAACAUAUAUCAAAAUUAGAAGCUGUAUCUAUGCCAGAAUCUCAGUCUUCACUAGAUGUAUCUGAUAAGCUACAGUGUCUGUCAAAGAAUAACCAACAUCCCCUCCAGCCACUGCAACUGCCUCAGAAUGCAGGGAAUCAGCAACUAUCAGUACAGCAGCAGCCUCAGUCAUUCCUUCCAGCCAUCAGUAAAAACUCAACAACAAAACACAUAACCAUAGGAUCCUCAAAUGGUACAAUGGGUAUGAAAAACUGCCGACGCCGGUGGGGUCAAACUAUGUUAAAGAAUGUGGAUAGUUGGGAUGAUUUUGAUGAUGCAGAAUUUGGAAUUUCUUAUUUUAAGAAGCCCAGCAUUAUGGUGUUAAAUGAAAAGAAAACAAAAGAAUCACUUUUUAGCGUUCCUGAGUCUAAUCCCCCUACCUCUGACCAGUCAGGAGAAAACAAAAUUAUGAAGAGAAAUGACUCUGGAAUAUCAACUACUUCAGCAAAACAGUACUAUUUGAAACAAUCAAGAUACCUUCCUGGUGUAAACCCUAAGAAUGUUUCCUCAGGAGCAGCCACUAAAGAAAGAAUCCAUGGUACUUGGAACAAUCCUUUGUUUUCAAAAUCAAUAGCACCCAUUGGAGGUCUGUCUUUCAAUCAAGUCAAUGCAGAAGAAAACUUAAUUAAACCAAUUGAAAAACUGUCAUGCAAAGAAAGAGUGAAUGAAAAAUUAGAGGAUCCCAAAGGAAAUACUGGCUUUAUUGGUGCUGCUUACAAUGCUCCUGGAGGAUAUAUCCCUUCAUUUCACAAAAAAGAGGUUGGUUCAGCUGGUCAAAGGAUACAAUUAGCACCUCUUGGUCCAUCAGUUACAGAAUAUGCUUGGAAAACCAAAGCUGCCCGUGCCCAAUUGCCAGGGCCUACUUACAGCCCUGCCACAAAAGGCAUGAACAUUUUAACUCACCCAUCAGCAGUGCAACCUGUGCAUGGAAGAACUGACUGGGCAGCCAAGUACGGAGGGCAUCGGUAGAACUGCUUUCUCACAUCACGUAUGAGUACUGCAACUAUUUAUAUCCUUCAUUUCUUUCCUCUGGGACACUUUAAAUCAUAUUUCUACUAAUAGAAUAACAAUUCUGGAAACACGUGAGAGCCUGUAUUUUAUUAUCUCUAAGGGGAAAACUAUAGAAAAUAAAUAUUUUAUUUAGAAAAUGUUCCUCAAAAUAGUGCCUCUAAGGCAGGCUUUUUUGUUUUCUUUACAUUAUGAAGUAUUCUCUAUAAAGUUAUCUUGCCAAAAUUAAAAAAAUCGUAUACUCUUACUUAAAUGAACAGAAAGUUGUUUUGAAUCCCUUUGAUCGUUUCUUCUGAAAAACCGUCAAAAAUAGGAGGGCAUGUAAAGAUAUUAGCCAUUGGACAGUCAUGGCUAAUUUAAAUAUGUAGGGCAACAGAUGACAAAAGUAAAGAAUGACUUUCAAAAUAUGCUGCUUCUAUUACAUUGAGUUAAACAAUAAAAGCAAAGAAUUAGGAAUAGUCAAUGGAUUCCGCUGUUUUGCCCACUUAUAAUCAGAGAAACUAAAACUGAACUAAUUUGUCUUUGAUUUGGGUUGACUUAUACCUUUAUUGGUUGACUUAAUAUCUUUAUUUCUUUUGAUUGCAGAGAAUGAAAACAUAGUCAUUGAGCCAACUAUUACUAGUAUUUACAAAAGCGAUGCACCCCUGAGGUUCAGUUCUGUAUUAGAUUUUGCAGGAAUCAGAUUACUCUCGUGAUUCCUGUGAAUGCACGUGUGAAGGUGUUAAAGCAUUUUCCACUGAUUGUCUCUGGUUUGACUAUGGACCUUGUUGUAGGAAGGGAAGACAUUCAUCUGUGCUAUGAAUUGGCCCCAAUCCCAGGAGCUUAUAGGCUGUCAUGUACUGCAUACAUAUAGUUAAACAUGUACAUCAGCUGUUGCUGUUGAUUCUGAUUUGAGAGCAGCUUUUCUCUGCAGAAGUGUUUGGACAGUAGAAACUUAAUGCAUCUGGCAUUUAGCUGAGGUGAAAGUUUUCCUGGACAUCAUAUGCAGAUUUGGCCUUAUGACUGGGAAAUAUUAUGAGUGAAUGAUAUUCAGAAAGGAUCCUUUCCUGGGAAGCUGGCCAGAUAGCAUUAUUUAAUCAGAAAAUAAGCAUUUAAAUAAUUAUUACUCGUGUGGCUGUCUAUGAAGGCAUUCUGGCAGUACUUCAGAAAUAAUUUCCAGGAAUUCUAAGUAGCUUUGUAUGUUGCUUUUUCCUUUUCGUUGAAUUUGACCACAGAAUUAGUCAACUUAACUGUAGUGCCUUCUCUUGGUAACCAAAGCUGAAUAACCAGAGAAUUCUCUCUUAAUUCCUAAAGGAAUUGCUUAAAAUCUGGUAAUAACUGCCAGUGUUUAUUCUUCACACCUCAUUCUGCAGUAUAGCAUUGAUAGCAUUAUCUGGCCUCAAGACGUAUUUUGGAUGCCAUAAGUACACAGUGGCCCAAAAUUUAUCUGGCAUUUCAAGUUUCUAUUUUUAGUGAUUUGUUAAUAUAUAAGAAAGCCUUGCUUUAUCUAUCAGAUGUCAUCUUAAAAGUCCAUGCUUUUCCAACUGCUAAAUAUGGUAUUUAAUUUGUUAUAUUGAAACUGACAAUCUAUAGUUGUUAAAAUAGCAUGUAUUAUAUAUUCUUAUUCAACUGUAAAAUGUUAAGUUAUUUGCAGACUGACAAGUAUUUAUAUGUAUUUUAUUUUUAAAAAUUGUACAUUCUUGUUGCGGAGGACAUGUUUGAUUUGAGUCUUGAAUUGAGACUUAAGGUAGAAUGCACUUAAAUAUACUGUCUCGAUUUCAGUAGGAUUUACUGAUAAGUGUAUUUACACAUUGAAACCUUGAAUUAAUAAUAUAAAGGCCAAUUAAUAUUAUUGAAUAGUUUUUUAAGUUGCUGUUAUAUGGACAAUAUUUUAUCCAAUGCAGAGUUGCAGGAAUAUUAGACUAAUGUGUUUUGGUCUCUCAAAACGUACAUACUUCACUGUAUUAUAAAUGCUGUCUUAAAGGAUUCUACUUAAAAGUUUCAUAUAAAAAGCCACAAACUUGCCUUUGCAACUGGGCUGGUUUUCAACUAAAAAUCAUUUGUUUUAUAAUAAAGUUAACUUCUCAGGAAUACAAGAUUAUAGUAGUCUUCCAUUAGAAAAAGCAAUGUAUUAUUUAUAACUUAACAUUUGUUUGUACCCUGCCUUUCUAUCCUGGUAUUUUCAAGCUGAUCGGUAGACUAAAUAAAUAAUAAUAAAAAAUUACAACCAAUGAUUUAUUCACAUAAAAAUAUUUUUAUACAAAUAGAAACCAAAGUCACCACCAGCUAGCUCAAAAGGCUGGUUGAAGAGAAAAUUCUUGAUUCCUUUCUUAUAGGCAGAAAAAAGAAAAAGCCAAGUGUAAAAUCUACAGUAAUGUUCCAUAACCUGGGACUGAUGAAGCAGCACCUCUCUUAUGUGCCUGACAAAUGGAUGUUUGAAAUCAUAGGCAUCUUUGUGAGGUCCUCUCCUGCUGACCUUUAAGGCCCAGAGAGAGAAAGGCAAUCUCUCAGAUCAUCAAGUCUAAACCAUGUUAGGUUUGAGAAGUUAAAAGCAGCACUUUGAAUGGCAUAUAUUUCAGUACACCCAAGAGUAAUCCUGGUAUCAUGGCAUGAUUAGCAGCAUUACUUUCUGCCUUUUGCACCAACUGAACUUUUUAUACCCUCUUCAAAGAUAAAGCCAACUAGGGCGGGCCUGUUGUAGUCAUGUUAAUUAGUCCCUGAUGCCCAAUACCCAUUGCUCAUGUUGACUUAAAGUUUAAAUUGGUGAUAUGAAGGGGAAGAAAUUGUUACAAGAUAGUUGCUCUGGCAAAGAACUUCUAUUGUUACUUUUUCCCCCUUAAUUUUAUUAAAAUAUUAGUGUUUAUUUAAGUUUUUUCUCUAAAUGUGCUCGAGGUUCACUUUUGCUGAACUGAGACUUUUUUCCUUAAAUAAUAAGUAGAAUGCUCUAGGGAGAAAAAAGGUCUUGUUUGUGCUUAAGUAAAUCCAUGCUCUUGCCCUCAUCUAAUGAAGUAUUAACAGUAUAUCAAAAUACAGUAGUACUGAAUUCUGAUUUUAAAAAAUGCUUUUAAACACUUCACAGAAUGACAUGAUCAUGUCAGCAGACAUAUAGUGAUUAAUCUUGUAUUACCUCAGUGUUUACUGUUGAAACUGUGAGAAAGUUCUUUUGUACAAGAGUGU